AUGCCUAAUCCACGGCAACGUCGUAAAGCCAAAUCAUCAACGCAUAAAACCGUAUCCCACUCACGGCGUGCACAGAGACUCCUGAAGAAGAUGCCAGUGAUACGAGGUCCAAAAGCCUUGCAGGACGCUUGGGAUAAAUCAAAGACAGUUCACCAAAACUAUGCUGCAUUGGGACUUCAGUUUGCUUUGACCCCCACGCAAUCAGGCGGAGUCGAACGGACAUCAAUCCCUCCAAAAGUUUCAGCUGAUGUUGAGUCAGUCUCUGCUACCCUCAAGUCAGUUGAGUCUGGCCCUUCGACUAUACCCAAGGGGUUUGGAAGAAUUAUCCGAGACGAGUCUGGUAAUGUGAUACGAAUCGACCUUCCUGAAUCCGAGGAGAUUCAAGACUCUGUACAAAACACGGAGCUCCCCGACGCAGAGGUAGAUGAGAAAACUAUGGGUGAUUGGGUCGGUUGUCUCAAUAGAAUAUACCAUCCAAAUCGCACCAUAGAUGCACGAGAAUCAUCCUCGUCGUGUGCGCAGGGAACACAUGCGAUUGACGUGUUGGAGCAACUGUCGACUUCUGGCAGGGCGGUUGUGCGACACUCGUCAUGUGGAGAAAGAUCAUACCUGGCGCGGUUGAUCCAAAAAUAUGGCGAUAACUACGAGAGGAUGGCGAUAGAUCGCCGUCUAAAUCCCGAACAAAAGACAGUGGGUGAACUAAGAAGGGCGGUCGGUAAAGCGGGCGGGGUGGAGUCAUUCUGCUGA